CGACUUUCUUCUUUGUUGUGAAUGUGUCACAACUCGACAUUUCUUUGUUUUGGGUUCGUGACUAAUAACUGUGAAUGGACCUCAGCAAAAUGAACUUAUUUAUGUUGUAAGGAUAGUGUACUUUGUUAGUAUUGUGUAUUGUUUGUUAUAUUCGUCCAGAAAGAGGCCAUGGCUAGUGCGAAAAGUUCUGCGAAAGGGGAAUUUCAUGUUGGGGGAAAAUAUCGACUUGUGAGAAAAAUCGGGAGCGGAUCUUUUGGGGACAUUUAUCUGGCUAUGAAUAUAGCUAAUGGAGAGGAAGUGGCCGUCAAACUAGAGUCCGUCAAGGCCAGACACCCCCAGCUGAUUUACGAGAGCAAGCUGUACAAAAUUCUCCAAGGAGGCGUAGGCAUUCCCCAUAUACGAUGGUGGGGAGUAGAGAGGGACUACAAUGUGUUAGUGAUGGACCUCCUGGGUCCAAGCAUCGAGGAUCUGUUUAACUUCUGUUCUCGCAAGUUUAGUAUGAAGACAGUCCUUAUGCUGGCAGAUCAGAUGAUUAACAGGAUCGAGUUCGUUCACAAUAAGAAUUUCAUCCACCGUGAUAUCAAGCCAGACAACUUCCUGAUGGGUAUAGGCCGACACUGCAACAAAGUUUAUUUGAUAGAUUUUGGCUUAGCUAAAAAAUAUCGGGACAGUCGAACGAGACAGCACAUUCAGUAUCGCGAGGAUAAAAAUCUGACGGGCACAGCCCGGUACGCCAGCAUUAAUGCUCACCUGGGUAUAGAACAGAGCCGCAGGGACGACAUGGAAUCAUUAGGUUACGUGUUGAUGUACUUCAACAGAGGUUCCCUCCCUUGGCAAGGGUUGAAGGCUGGAACUAAGAAACAGAAAUAUGAAAAGAUCAGUGAGAAGAAAAUGUCAACCCCAGUGGAAGUGUUAUGCAAGGGUUACCCAGCAGAAUUUGCCAUGUACCUGAAUUACACGAGGGGCCUAAGAUUCGAGGAGGCCCCGGACUACAUGUAUCUACGACAGUUGUAUCGAAUUCUCUUCCGAACGUUGAAUUACCAGUACGACUACGUGUUUGACUGGACCAUGCUCAAACAGAAGGCAGCUAACUCAGCCACAGUGAUGAAUGGAGGGACAACACACAUGGCCACAGCUGGUUAGUUUUUGAAAAGAAAUCAAAGAAAAAAGGCAAAAGCAAAGACAUGAUGAAUCAAAACCUUCUUCUCAUACUGGCUUUGGCUGUAUUAUCCCGAUUUAAAAAGGACAUAUGACCCUGCAAAUUGUCCAUGUGAUAGUGGGCAGUGAGUGAUUGCAGAGAAUGCUUUCCCAUGUUUAAAGGGGGCAUUGCUGAUUAAUGUGUGAUUCUGGUCUCGAAGACUCUAAAAAGUGUGUAAAAUUGAGUACAUAUAAAACUGUAUUCAUUUGUGCUAAAAGUUGGCUUUCUUGGCCAGAGGGUGGUUGUGCUAUUCAAGUUUCUGAACAUUUGUUGACUGUUGAUUUUGCGUGAUUUUUAGUUCUUUCAUUUUCAUAUAUUAUGUGUUUAUUUUUGUUAAGAAUUAUUGGAACUAUGUGUAUAAAAGUGGAUGGGGUAACAAUAUUGCAAAAUAUUGUCAGUUUGAAAUUAGAUUUGUAUAUUCAUGCCAUUUAGAUACAUGAGUAUUCCGUGAAAAUUUGGCUUGAGUGUAAAUAUAGGAUGUGUACACAUUUGUAAAAAACAAAUUGUUGUAAUUUUACAUUUGUUAAAAUUACCAUUAAUACAGCACUUCAUAUUUUUUUUUAAGUUGUAAAUAAUAAAGUUAAAACAUAAUUAAAAAAAAGAACUUGCACUUUUAAUUAUCUGUAUUUGUAUGUAUUUGCAAGGAUGGGUUGAUCUCACAAAAUUUUCAAGGUAUGCUUCUAUUUCACAUUCAUCAGUUUAUUGGCUGUGAUGUACACUUUUCACAACAUUUUACCCGAUUUCUUUUUAAUUUUAAUUUCACAGUAUUUCAGAUUAAUCUUACACAGGUUGUAUCAUGGUCAGUCAUUAUCUGUAAAUAAUUAUAUUUUAAUCUUAUGUAUGUAUACUGAUUAUAGAAAAAGAACCCUUGAUUUUCAAAGUGUUUUUAUUUGCCAAAAGAUGUGUAUUUAUUUGAUACACACUACAUGUAUAUAGUGAGAUUGAGAUUCAAAGUUUUGAUAAUGGAUCUGAAUUGUUCACUUUUUGUAAAUGUAUCGGAAAUUUUUAAUGAAUAUGUGAGAUUUUUUUUUACAUUGUGUGUGUGCAUGUUUUAGCAUUUUGAUAUCAGGUUUUGAGAUUUACAUUCUGUUGUGUAACUGCUGGUUUGUGUGUUAUAUAUAGCUCUUGUGUGUCGAUUGUUUCCUUAUUAUUAACAAAUUAAUUAGUUGUGAGUAUUUUUGAUGACUUGUCAUGAAGUAGAUGCAAUGAAAAUUAGUUUAAAGCCAUUUUUCCCGAUGGGAGAUUUUAGUAAACGAGAGUUUGUAAUAGUAAAAAAUACAAAUUAUUGUAUAACUUAGGUGUGUCUAUUUGUAUGUCGAAUAAUAAUGCAUGACCUAGCUAGAAUGUGAGAAUUACAUGUAUUUUGUUCAUACAGUAUAUACUAUAUACAUGUAUGUAUUUUAAAUAAAAUUAGCAGUCACAUGAUGUACAUAUUCCUGUUCGAUAGGGAGUCAAAAAUUUUGAUUUUGUGGUGUGAUACGUUUUUAACAGUGAAUUGAUUUUCUGAGAUUUAUCAAAUAUGUAUAUUUUUAAAAACCGUGAAGUAAUCAAACGUGUGUGUGUAUUUUAUUUUUUUUAAUUAAUUAACACCUCCUGAUCCACUGUGCUUUCACUUUCACUUUUCAUGUACCAAUUCUUUUAGUCACUCAUUUUCUGAAUAACUUUACACUUGUUGAUUUUUGAACUUUUUUCCCACUUGAUUUUAAAUGGGUGAAUUUUUCAACCACUGCCAUUACAUAUACAUGUAUGUGUAGUGAUUUCUUUUGUUCAAACAUUGUGAUGUACAAUGUACAUAGACUUGCACAAAGGUUCAAAUUAUCUAUUCCAUGCUGCUGAUAUCUUGUACGUACUGUAUGUGUACUUUUAAAAGCUGGCUUCAUAUUUUAGCAACUUUGGAACAGACAUAAAUGCUCUAAUUCAUGAAUAUUAUAGAUAAAUUGUUACUAAAUACAAUGCAUGGCCCAGAAUGUGUAGCACUAAUUCAUGGUUUUGCCAACUAGUCUAAAAAGUCAUUGCACUAAAUUUUGAUACACUAAUUUAUGAACAUGUACAGUAUGUUCUACACAAACAUCUUGUCAUAUUUUUUUUUCACUUUCUACACUUUUUUUGAAAAAUUUUUGUUUUGCUCACAAUUUUUGCAAUGAACACAAUUUUUUCUCUUUUGCAAUACAAGUUUUUUCCAUCAUAUGGUAUAUUUCCUUGGUUUUGCAAUACUUAUUUUAAAUUGUGCAAUAUGUGCAUAUUUGUCAAAGAAGAAUUUUUUAAAAUUUCAUUGUGCAAAUAAGAAGUAAACAAGUGCAACAAAACAUUUUCCCUACCAAAAUGUAAUGUAUAUAUACAGUGAAUAGAUUAUGAUUUACAUCAUAAAUAACAUGUACAUGUAUGUCAUUUCAAAAUUUUUUAAAACUAAACAUGAUUUAUUUAGGGCAUUUACAAACCAUAGAGCCAAAAUUUAAAAUGUGUGAUCCCUACAUUUAACAUGGUUAAUUAUAUGAACAUGUUUGUUAAGCACUUGUAAAAUUUGUAAACUUUGAUUUUUUUUGCAAGGGGCAGGGAGUCAUCUGUAUUAAAUUUAAAAUGAAAAGAAUAUUGUUUUUUAAUCUCCUUUACUCUUUGGAUUUGAAGUGGAUAUGUCUUAAAUUACAUAUUUUGAAUUUGCAUUGAUGAAAUAGACAAAGAAUGGUAUACUGUAUGGGCAUUGAACCACAGGUAUAUAUGCUUUGAAAUAAGAUUUAACAAAAUCUCAUUUUACGUGUGCAUGUAUUUACACUGUACUUUGAUUUUACCAAAAUUUCUGUUAGGUAUAAAAUGUCUAAAGUCGAACAAGAUAUAAAAAUUUAACUUGUGGACAUAAAGAUCUGUUCUUUGUUCAGUGAAACCUGUAAAAUAACGAGGAAAUACUGUGUAUAAGUGGAAAUGAUAGCGAUACACAAAUUUAGCCAUUUGUCCUUGAAAAUGGGUAUUUUACUUUUAGCAAGAAGAAAUUUUAGUGACUUUAAAAAGCUCACUAAAGAUGCCAUUUCAAAUGAAACAAAUUUUUUUACAGCAAUAUUUAAUUUUAGCAAAUCUCGGCACCCUCACUAAUAAUGCCAAAAUUAAAUCCUCGCUAAAAAUUCUGCUUAUACAUACAUGUAAUUUUAGGUACCUGUUUGCUUCCUUUUGUUCACUGUAUGUCCUAACCCCUUUCUCAGAAAAUGUUUUGAUUUAAGUUUGAAGCUCAAAAAUCAUUUCAUUAUUUGGUCACUUAUAUGAUGGACAGGUUUUUUUUCUUCGUUUUUGAAGGUUGGAAAUUCUUCAAUUUAGUUUCAUUGCAUAAUGUUUGAUUUAUAGGUAUAAUGGAAAUUGAUCAUGAAACUUGUUCUAAUAUUAGUACAUGUAGUUAAAUGUUCACAAUCAUGUAUCUUGUUUUCCCAUGUAAUGACUGAGUACUUUGUUGAUCAGAAGUCAAGCAAGUAAUAAAAAAAUCUUGAAUGAU